AUGGUUAUUGAACCCAUUAUGACUUUUUCUGAUGGAGAGAUGGAUGCUAAAUCUGAAAGAACAUCGCAGUCUCUAGAGACAAAGAAGAGGCUGUUCACAUAUGCUGAUGUCCAACGGAUGACAAACAACUUCCAGAGAAUUCUAGGCAAAGGAGGAUUUGGAACAGUUUUCCAUGGCCACUCGGAGGACACCCAAGUAGCAGUGAAGAUGCUCUCUCCAUCAUCAGUUCAAGGCCAUAAGCAAUUCCAAGCAGAGGUGAAACUUCUACUGAGUGUUCAUCAUAGAAAUUUGACAACCCUUAUUGGAUAUUGUAAUGAAGGCACCAAUCUGGGGCUAUUCUAUGAGUACAUGGCGAAAGGAAACUUAGCAGAGCAUCUAUCAGGUUUAGAAUGCAAAGUAAGCAUCAAUAUUUUUAUUUGGGGAGGAAGAUGUCGAAUAGCACUUGAGGCAGCACUAAGAUUGGAGUAUCUGCAUAAUGGUUGCAAGCCGCCAAUCAUCCUUAGAGAUGUGAAAUCUACCAACAUCUUAUUAAAUGAAGAUUUCUAGGCCAAACUAGCUGAUUUUGGGCUGUCAAAAACUUUUCCAAUUGAAGGUGGCACUCAUGUAUCAGCAUCUAUUGCUGGCACCCCUAGCACUAGAUUAAGAGAUGAGGAGAGGUCAGGUCUCAUUCAGGUAAUGACAUGA